ACUGAGCAUCACUAGUUACAGUUGGACCGCUUCAACACUUCAGUUCAUCAUGACUUAGUAACCAGCCCAGGAAGGAUGAGUCUGAAGACGAAGAAAAAAGCUCGGACUUCCUUCGGGGCCACAGCACCACCCUUCAUUGACUACCUGAAAGAUAUUCUACGUCGAUAUCCAGAUGGAGGACAGAUUUUAAAGGAACUGAUUCAAAAUGCAGAUGAUGCUCAAGCCACGGACGUGGUUUUCAUACAUGAUGAAAGAAGCUACGGGACUGAGAGUCUUUGGACUGAGGAACUGGGAAAAUACCAAGGUCCAGCUCUCUAUGCCUACAACAACGCAGCGUUCACUGAUGACGACUGGAAAGGGAUUCAGAGUGCAGGAAGGAGCAUCAAACGCAAUGACCCAAACAAAGUUGGGAGAUUUGGAAUCGGCUUCAACUCUGUUUAUCACACAACAGAUGUGCCAAGUAUAUUCAGUUCAGGACACCUUGGGUUUCUGGACCCCCAAGAAAAGACAUUUGGAGAAGGAAAAGGAGGGUUCCUGUGGUCUUUGGAUGAUGACGAACACCAAGAAGUUCUAAUGAACAUGCAUGACCAGUUCCAACCCUUUCGAGAUAUCGUUUCGCUUGUCCAGCUCUCUAUGCCUACAACAACGCAGCGUUCACUGAUGACGACUGGAAAGGGAUUCAGAGUGCAGGAAGGAGCAUCAAACGCAAUGACCCAAACAAAGUUGGGAGAUUUGGAAUCGGCUUCAACUCUGUUUAUCACACAACAGAUGUGCCAAGUAUAUUCAGUUCAGGACACCUUGGGUUUCUGGACCCCCAAGAAAAGACAUUUGGAGAAGGAAAAGGAGGGUUCCUGUGGUCUUUGGAUGAUGACGAACACCAAGAAGUUCUAAUGAACAUGCAUGACCAGUUCCAACUCUGUCUUUUAGAGUACAUUUUGAGUGAUGGAAAAUCAACCAAUCAACCAAUGAGUGAUGGAAAAUACGAAGAACUCGAGGGCCUUCAGCUGCUUCCACUCAGCGA